AUGGAAUUUCGCCAAUUCAACCGAAUGGCUGACCAUAUGGACAUGUUCCAUAGCAACUUUCGCAUCACUUGGAACAUGUUGUACUCGGCGUGCGAGUCACAGAAACGACCAAAAGGCAUGUCGAUCAGGCAAUUUAUCAGCACCGGUCAGCAGUUCUGUCACCAUCUUACCGUACAUCAUACUAUCGAGGAGGAGCACAUCUUCCCUGUAUUAGCGAAGAAGAUGCCGGCGUUCAGGAAAGAGUUGGAGUUGCUCACUCAGCAUAAGCAAAUUCACAUAGGUCUGGACAAGCUGGAGAAGUACCUUGAGGAGUGUAGUGACGGCGAGAGGGAGUUGCGAAUGAGCGAACUGAAGGAUAUCCUGGACAGCUUCGGCAAAGUGUUGUGGCAGCAUCUAGAUGAUGAAGUCAAGCAGUUGGGUGCUGAGAAUAUGCGCAAAUAUUGGACUGCAGAAGAGAUCAGGCGUAUGCCCAUGUGA